AUGGUCAACGGUUAUGAUGUAGCCUCCAAGGGGCAGGCUAUCUCAGAGCUAGGAUGGGACUUACAAAAAGUGAGACAAUCUGUGGCAAUGGAACUUCCUGUGGACCAGGCCAAGAGACAAACCAUUGUCAAGGCCAACUUGACCCUGGCAGAACAAUCCGAUGGCAUAUUAUGCAGACCUUUUGGGCAAGAAAGAUUUUGCUCUUUAUCCUCCAGCCACACAACCUGUUUCUUGCGCAGCCUAGAAGCAGGAUGUGAGGUCAUGCCUGGCAAAGCUUCAGUUGAACAGCUGGUGGCCAAGGGUGACGACCUGGGAAAAAUGAUGUUUCAAGGAUGGCAGUGGACCAUUAUCAGUUGCAAGGUUGAUGAGGAAGUCCCCAAUUUAGCAACCAUGCUACAGCAGGCAUACAACAGCGAUCUUUCCAUUGGCAAACCUCCAAGUGAGUUGGAGGUAAUGAUGACAAUAGCUCAUACAUAUGGUUUCCAAGCUGCUGGCAGCAAGGACCUCAAGAAGGCAAUUGGUCAGGCAGCUGCUAGCUGUCCACCCUGCAAGCCUUACAUAAAGACCAUCGGCGAUUUUGUUGCAAGCUAUGCAGGAGGAGAGGACUUCAAACUACUCAAGUACUUGGACUUGAUUGGACGAUCAUAUGGAGCCUCUGUGAUGCUUGGAGAAGAAUUCUGUAGCCUUGUGGCCUAUACAGACUGGAAGCUGCCAACCGCAACACUGCCAUUCAUGAGAUUGGAGCAGGCAGAGCAGCUGAUGUGUGCAGCCUGGGAGGCUGUGGAGAAAUCUGGCUUCCCCAUGGCAAAGACUGCCAAAGUCUUUGGCAAAUUUCAGAUUCGAUUGGUCCUCCACCUCCUGGACAAGGAAGUCAAGGGAAGGGAAGGAACCAAGUAUGAAUCUUUUGAAGAUAUCAAGAACCGGUUUGAGGAUGACUUGUUGCAGGCUGACAAGGAGACUGCAGCUGUCUCUGCACCUGAAGCCAAGGCUGUGUCCUCACAAAGUGUCAAGUCUUUGAUGGAUGCCAAAGAUACACAAGCCAUUGCUUUGGCAGCGCACAAGCACAUUCAGCUGGGGAAGCUCUAUGUGCACAAGAAAGAGAAGGAGGAAACCAAGGUGUGGAAGCUCACUGGCUUCAUCGAUGGUGGUGCCAAGUUUGUCCACAAGCCCUUCUUCAGAGCAGCUGAAGAGAUCACUGUGUUGCACAGUGAUUGGAAUGAUUGGAAAGAAUACAAGAAACCUGAGCCUGAGCUGGUUUCUCAUGAAGUCAGUGGUGCUUUGCUACCUUGUUCCUCCAAGGGCUUGGAUGAUGAGAUGGCCAGAGCUCAAGCACAGUGGGAACUCUAUGAGAAAUGCAAAGAGCUGGGCGAUCCAAGUGUUCUGGUCUCCAACCAGGGCCAAGUGUUUGCAAGUCAAAAGGUUGCCAAAGGAAAGCUAUGUUUGCUUCCAAUGGGCAGCUUGCAAUUGGUGGAGGAGAGUAAGCUCAUGAAGGGCCAAGUCUACAUAAAGUGUGGCAACUUGGGCAGCCAUCAUGUCUAUGUGAUUCAUGCCUUCAAGUGCGACUUUACCAAGGAGACUGGGAUCUUCAGCCCUUUCUCGUUUGUGAAGCAAGCUACAAAUGAUGAGGAGGGCACUAUGGCAAAGCAGAUGGUGAAGCAUGGGAGUUUGCAGAUUCCAUGUUAUGUGAACAAGAAGCAGGUGGAGAAGGGCACUCGGUUGUUUCUGGAUCCUCCAGAGCCUGACACCACUGCCUCCAAGAAAAGGAAGGAUCCUGAUGACUACAAGCAGACUGGUUGGCAAAACAAAGCACUUGCCCUAGUCCACAUGCAUCUCAAGGGCAACACUGCCAAUCUGAACUUCUACCUGGACAGGCUGUCAGAGCAUCAUGCUUUGGAGAAACCACUUGCAAAGUUGUCAAGAGCCUAUCAAAAGGAAGCCAUGGCAUGCACUUUGUCUACCAACACAAUGGUGACAUCUGCAAAUCCAUUUGUUGUUGGUGAUGUUUGGCUGGAUGGUGAUGAAGAUGCUCAAGUCAUUGUCUUCGAAGAUGGUAUGCCAACAUGGUGGGCUUUGCAAUGUCAGAAGUGGAGGCAUUACUUCCACAUUCCAGAUGAUCCACCACUUGAUGCCCAACCACAUGGAGCUACCAGAAAGAGAACUGCUGAUGAAGCAGGGCUUGAGAUGAAUUAG